AUGAUAACUUCAAACGUAUCGAAUUAAAAAUUUGUUAUAAAUUCAAUCGGUUCUUGGUGCCAGCUUUCAGUUGGCCGGUCGAAAGUUAUUGGCCAUACUUUCGAAUAAAAUUAAAAAAAAAAUCCCCGAAAAUCUCAGUCCUUAAAGGAUCCUCCAAAAAGAUCAUUUUCUUCAGCAUGAAGUCGAUGAUUGUGGCUGCCACUUUGGCAGUAUGCCUGUGUUUGAGUUGGGCAGCACCGCUGACGGAGGAAAAUGUAAAUAUUGCUCCGGCUGCCGAAGAAAAUUAUCGCCUUAUAACCGAUAUUGAACCCAUAAACUAUAACGUAACCCUGAAACCCUACCUAUUGGACAGCGAUCCCAGUGAGAAACGUUUCACCUUCGAUGGUGAAGUUUACAUUACGAUCAAGCCCAAAGUUAACACAAGAACAUUGGUUUUGCACAGCAGAAAUUUGAAAUAUUCUCUGCGUGAAUUUUAUGCCAAGAGUCAACCAACUUUGAAGACAACUCUAGCCAAUGUUGAACCCAACAACGUAACCCACAUUGUAACCUAUAGUUUGACCACUGAUUUGGUGGCAAAUCAGGAAUAUGUUUUGCAUUUCGUCUACACGGGCACCAUGGAUGAUGAUAUGCACGGUUUCUAUCGUAGUUCUUACACGGAUUCCAAGAAUGUUACAAAAUGGCUUGGUUCAACUCAAUUCCAACGCAACCAUGCUCGCCGUGCCUUCCCCUCCUAUGAUGAGCCUCGCUUCAAGGCUACUUUCGAUGUUGCCCUUACCCGCCAUAAGAGCAUGAAGACUUACAGUAACACACGCAUUGUCAACAGCACCACCAAUGGUGAUUAUGUUACCGAUCGUUAUAUGACAACACCCAAAAUGUCCACCUAUAUUUUGGCCUUUAUUGUCUCGGAGUUCAAUGAGCGUUACGAUGGUGAAUUUGGCGUCAUUGCCCGGCCCGAGUUCUAUCAACAAACCGAAUAUGCCUACGAUGUUGGUAAAUUGAGUUUAAAUGACUUGAGUGACUACUUUAACAUUCCCUAUUACUCCAUGGGCAAUGAUAAAAUGCACAUGGCUGCUAUACCCGAUUUCUCGGCCGGUGCCAUGGAAAAUUGGGGUCUAUUGACCUAUCGUGAACGUGUGUUGCUCUAUGAGGAAGGAUCCACAACGCUGAGUGCUCAACAAAAUAUUGCCCGUAUUGUGGCCCAUGAACAGGCUCACAUGUGGUUCGGUGAUUUGGUUACAUGCGAAUGGUGGAGUUACACGUGGUUGAAUGAAGGAUUUGCCACCUAUUUCCAAUAUUUUACAAUUCAUAAUGUCGAGCCCCACUAUCAAAUGGAUGUACAAUUCGUGGUCGAUCAAAUCCACAGUGUCAUGAACAUGGACUCGACCAACAGCACAAAUCCCAUGAGUGAUGAAAACACCAACACCGAAGAAGAUCUGGCCCGCAUGUUCAACAGCAUUUCCUACAACAAGGGUGGUACCGUCAUUCGCAUGGUCAAGCAUUUUAUGGGUGAAGAAAACUUUAAGAAUUCCCUGCGCGAAUAUCUAAAGAAACACGAAUACACCAAUACCGUUCCCUCAGAUUUGUUCGCCAUGUGGAAGAAACACACUCCCGCCAAAUUCCAAAACUAUGCCGAUGGUCUGUUCAAGAGCUUUACCGAACAAGUCGGUUAUCCAGUGAUAACCUUCAAUUUGACCACACCCACCACUUUGGUUAUUAGCCAAAAACGUUUCCUGUUGAAGGAAGGUGAUGGUGCCGACGGCAGCCUAUUGUACACUGUACCCAUUACCUAUACCACCAAUGUUGAGAACAAUUUCAAUUCGACCGAACCCAAAUUGUUUGUUACGACCGCUACCAGUGUCGAACAAACCUUGCCUCAAGCUGUCUCCUGGGUUAUUGGUAAUAUCCAGGAAACCGGUUAUUAUCGUGUCAACUAUGAUGUUAAAUCCUGGCAUGGUAUCCAUCAUGCUUUGCUCACCAACAACUGGGGUGGCAUCCAUGAGCUGAAUCGUGCCCAGGUUGUGGACGAUCUCUUCAACUUGGCCCGCGCCAGUGUCAUUGACUAUGAGUUGGCUCUCGAUAUCUUGGCCUAUUUGAAGACCGAAACAAAUUACCUGCCCUGGACUGCUGCCUUCAAUGGCUACAAUUAUUUGGUUAUUCGUUUGGGUGUUGAGACCAAAAACUUUGCCGUCUACAUUCGUGAUAUGACCUCCAAGGCUUACGAUUUCUUGGGCUUCGAAGAUAAACCAACUGAUACCACCUUGGAUAUUUACAAUCGUGCCAAGAUCUUGUCAUGGGCUUGUAAAUUCGGCAAAAAGGAAUGCAUCACCAAGACCCAGGAAUAUUUCAAGAAUAUGGACAACAAACCGGUGCCAGUGAAUAUUCGUUCCGUCGUCUAUUGUACUGCCAUGCGUGAGGGAACCCAACAGGAUUUCGAUAGACUCUACAACAAAUACCUGAAAGAAACUGUAGCCACCGAAGUCAUUCUGAUUAUGAACUCUCUGGGUUGUGUCAAGGACUCGGAUCUUGUGAAAAAAUUCUUCAACAUCAUUUUAUCGGAUAAGAUUCGUCGCCAGGACAAAUCUUCUGCCCUCAGCAGUUUGUACAGUGAAAACAAUGAGAAUGUUGAACCUGUUUUCGAUCUGGUUACUGAAAAUGUGGAUAAAUUGGCUGAAGCUUUGGGUGAUUAUUCCUCGGUUGCAUCGGCCAUCUCUGGUAUUGCUGCCCGUUUCACAACUACCCAGCAACAGACUAAGCUAAAGAAUUUCAAUAUCCAAAACCGAUCGAAAUUCGGAAACUCUGCCCGUACCUUGGAUGCUGCCGAAAAUACAGUGGCUGAGAAUUUGUUGUGGGCCACCAACAAAUUGGGUGUUUUCAAGUCACAUUUGGAGAAGUACACUACUGGUGGUAGUGCCAGUUUGAGCGGUUUCACCGCCCUCUCCAUGGUACUGUUUGCCGUUUUGGCACGUUUCUUGUAUCUAAUCGCGUGGCGUUCAAAUUUCAUACAAACAACAAUACAACGCGGAUCGGAUCGGCUCGGACUGGUGGCAAUUGAUGUGUUCCAACAGUUAAUUUACGGCAUUGAAAUGAAAUUGUUUAUCAUUUGUUUGUGCCUGUUUGUGCUGGGGGCAAGUCGCGGUACUCUGGCCCAAAAUUAUCGCCUGCCAAAAAAUGUUAUACCCACUGGUUAUGACAUAGCCAUAAAACCUUAUCUGGAGACUCGCGAUGGAGCCAAAAAAUUUACCUUUGACGGUGAGGUCAACAUAACACUGCAUGCCGUUGAAGAAAAUGUCAAAAAUAUCACUCUGCACAAGGAUUAUAUUGAGAUUUUGGAUACGAUUCUGUAUGAUGGCGAGGGACGAAUUGUGGAGCGCGUUGCCAGUGAAAAACUGUUAUACGAAACAUUAACGGAUAAACUGACCGUGCCCUUACAAACGGCAUUGGUGCGCGAUAGAAAUUAUAGUUUGUAUUUUAAUUACACUGGACAAAUUCGAAGUGGUUUGGCGGGUGUUUUCCGCGGCACGUAUGACGAUGAGAGUGCGAUCUAUAUAUCCGAUUGGUAUGCCAUUACCCAACUGCAACGGAUUGAUGCCCGCACUGCUUUUCCAUGUUUCGAUGAACCCCAAUUGAAGGCCACAUUCCGGAUGCGCAUUACCCGACCCAACCACUAUUUGUCAUUUUUCAAUACCAGAAUUUUAAACUCCCAGGCAGAGAGCAAUAACCGUUACACGGAUUAUUUCGAUACCACUCCACCCAUGUCCACGUAUUUGGUUGCCUUUAUGGUCGGACCUUUCGAAGUCCAGGGUGAUGAUGACUUCAAAUUGAUUAUUCAUCGAUCGCUAAUGAACAACACGGCCUAUACGCGAGAAGUUGCCCUGAAAACAAUAGCAGCCUAUGACAAAUACACCCAAUUGCCCUAUAAGACAUUGGGUAAUGCGUUAAUGCAAAAGGCUGGCUCAAGACGUUUCCCCCACAAUGGUAUGGAAAAUUGGGGAUUGGUUAUAUAUCAUGACUCAGUUUUAUCUCAUCAAACCAAUUACACCGAUGGUUGGGCGGACAAGGAAUAUACGGUCACAAUUCUGGUCCAUGAAACGGCUCACAUGUGGUUUGGCAACAGUGUCACAUUCAAAUGGUGGAGUUACUUUUGGCUAAAUGAGGCCUUUGCUCGUUACUAUCAAUACUAUUUGGCACAUGAGAUCUAUCCUGAAUUUGAACUGGACAAACAAUUUGUGGUGAAUCAAAUACAUUUGAUAUUCGGCACCGAUGCCACCCAGAGCACCCAACCGCUGACAAGUCCCGAAGAGAGCAUCAACAGUCCAUCACAGGUGGCAUAUAAAUUCAGUGGCAUCACCUAUGCCAAGGGUGCGGCAAUUGUUCGUAUGUUCUGCAAUUUAAUGGGCAAAGAGAAUUUUGAUAAUUCUCUGAGAGAAUAUUUAAAAGAGAACCACUUGAAAAGUACUGUACCCGCCGACCUAUUCAAACACUGGAAACAGCACUGGCCAAGCGAUCAUCAUGUCGAUUUAGAACAAUUAUUCAGUGAUUGGACCGAACAGCCGGGUUUUCCCAUCAUAAAUAUUACGACCACCGAAUCCGGGAGUUAUGUGCUAAAACAACAACGUUUCAUCCUGGAUCCCACAGAUGGAAGUGAUCUAAGCCUAAAAUAUACCAUACCCAUAACCUACACCACCGAUAGCGAAAAGAAUUUCGAUGACCUCACACCGAAAUUUUAUUUCAAUAAAACCCAAAACGAACUGGUAUUUGGCGAUUCGAAAGCAGAUAAGUGGAUUAUUUUGAAUUUACAACAAUCCAACUAUCAUCGCGUUUUCUAUGACCCACAACUGCUGGAUAAGAUAAGCGAAGCUCUGAAGGCCAGCAAUCACAGUGGCAUUCAUGUUAUUAAUCGGGCCCAUUUGAUCGAUGACCUCUUUACCUAUGGACGCAUUGGCCUCAUGGGCUACGACAAAGUGUUUGCCUUUAUGGAAUAUUUGGCAACGGAAGUUGAAUAUUUACCCUGGAAUCCGGUCUUCAAGGCAUUCGAUGUGAUAAGCCAACGUUUCACCUUGCAACAACACAAGCAAUUUGGCAAAUUUUUAUUUGAUAUCACGUCUGCGGUGUAUAAAAAGUUGGGAUUUGAAAAUCCCAAUGACACCGUUUUGGAUGUCUACAAUCGCAAUAAGAUCAUAUCUUGGCUGUGUAGAUAUCAUCAUGACGAUUGUAAUCUAAAGGCCCAACAAUAUUACCCAUCAUGGGAGACCGAGCAUGUGCCAGCUGAUUUCCAGGAAACUCUCUACUGUGCCGCCAAUCGCUAUUCUAACUACCACAUUUAUUAUUCAUUGAAGCAAAUGUUCGUUAGCCCCAACCUCCAAAAACAAAAGGAGAAAAUUUUACGUACCAUGGGCUGUACUCGGGAAUAUAUGGAGCACCACUAUUUCUACUUACUGAGUGAGGCUGUUCCAAAGGAUAUGAAGACUGCCGGCAUUAAUGCCUUAUACACACAAACGCCGGAAAAUGUGGAACCAUUGUUUAAUACCAUCUCGGAAAGUGUGGAUGUCUUGGCUGGAGCUUUGGGUAGCUGGUCAGCUACUGCCACGGUUAUCAGUGGUUUAGCCAAUUACUUUACCACACCGCAACAAUUGAAAAUGCUACAGGACUUCGUUGACACAAAGGGCCAUUUGUUUGGCACCUCGAUUACAACACUGGAAAAUGCCGUCAAGAAUGUGGAGCAAAAUUUGGCCUGGUCCGAAAAGUAUCUGGGUAGCCUUUUCCAAUAUUUGGAUGAACGUAAUUCAGCAGUAACACUCCAGGGCAUGUCCUUGCUGGUGCCUUUAUUUUUAUUUGUAUUAUUCAAUAAAAUCUGGCCCCUUCAGAUUGAGGCCCCCUUUAAUGUACGGAAAACCCUCGACAGUUCAUUAAUCGCUAUCCGAACGCAACAAGUGCCUGGUUGCUGUUUGUUUAAAAAAAACAAACAAGCAAACAACAGCAGCAGCAACAACAUGCCUUGUUUACGACAAUUCAUAUAUUCAUUAUUAUUUUUUACACUGGCAAUCGUUGGCCCCGCCUUAUCUCAGUCAAUAAUUGACUAUCGCCUUAACACAGAUGUUGUACCAGAUUUCUAUGAUAUCAAAAUUAAACCUUAUCUGCAAGCGGGAGAUGGUGCCAAACAAUUCACCUUCGAUGGCGAAGUCAAUAUAACGCUGCAGGCAAAGGAAGGAAUAAACGUUCGUAACAUCACCCUACAUUCGGCAUAUUUGGAUAUUUGGGAAACGGUGCUGUACGAUGCUGAGGAUAAAGUCAUCGAACGCUGGAUUGGCGAAGAUAAAUUACAUUAUGAAGAGAUUACAAACAAAUUGAGUGUGCCAUUGUCAUCGAACUUAGCCGCUGACAAGUUGUAUAAACUAUAUUUCAAAUAUUCAGGUCGGAUACGCAGCAAUGAGACGGCAGGUAUUUAUCGUGCCAGCUAUGAUAAUGAGAAUUGGUAUGUUAUGACACAAUUGCAUCGCACCGAUGCACGCACUGCAUUUCCAUGCUUCGAUGAACCUCAAAUUAAGGCCAAGUUUCGUAUGCGGAUAACACGACCAAAGGAAUACGUGUCAUUUUUCAAUACUCGCAUAGAAAACACAAUAGCCGAAAGCGAUGGCCGUUAUACCGAUAGCUUUUAUAGUACACCACGUAUGUCCACCUAUUUGGUAGCAUUCCUUAUAGCCAAUGAUUUCGUUGUGGAAGGCAACACCGAUCUGCAGUUGAUAAUGAAUCAGAAAUUUAAACAUAAAACCAACUUUACUCAAGAAGUUGCCGCCCGAGCAAUAGACUAUUAUGACAGCUACACUGGCAUGAAUUACAAAUCAUUGGGUAAUGACAUCAUGCAAAUGGCUGGAUCGAAUAGUUUUCCACACAGUGGUAUGGAAAAUUGGGGUUUGAUUUUUUACAAAGAUGUGCUAUUGGCCCAUGAGCCAUAUUACACGGACGGUUGGACGCACAAGGAAGCCACAAUAUCGUUGGUGGUACAUGAAGUCGGUCACAUGUGGUUUGGCAACAGUGUCACACAUAAAUGGUGGAGUUAUUUUUGGUUAAAUGAAGCCUUUCCCACAUACUAUUCCCAUUUUUUGGCCCAUAGGAUGUAUCCCCAAUAUAAGUUGGAUCAACAGUUUGUGCUGAAACAAACUCAAAAUAUUUUUGAACUUGACGCCACCUCUUAUACUCAGCCAUUAAGCCACCCGGAGGAAAAUAUUAAUACUCCCGAUGAAGUUGGUUAUAAAUUUAGUAACAUUGCCUACAGCAAGGGAGCUGCCAUACUUCGCAUGAUUUCAAACCUAAUGGGAACAGAGAAUUAUGAUAAUGCCAUAAGGGAUUAUUUGAAGGAGUUCUUUCAAAAUAACACCACUCCCGAAGACUUAUUCAAACAUUGGAAGAACUACUGGCCCAAGAAUCAAGAAGUUGAUUUAAAUCAAUUAUUCAGUGAUUGGACUGAACAGCCAGGUUAUCCAAUAAUUGGCAUAUCGAUCACCCCAAAUGGUCGUUAUUCACUCAAACAAGAAAGAUUCCUCUUGGAACCCGAGGAUGGAAGUGAUGGCAGUUUCCUUUAUACCGUUCCCAUAACCUAUACCACAAGUCGUGAAAGAAAUUUCCUCAAUUUAAAACCGAAUUUUUAUUUCAAUAAAACUAAGCCCGAACAAGAAUUUGGAUUUCCCGGUGAUGAUGAAUGGAUUAUUUUGAAUUUGCAACAAUCCAAUUACUAUAGAGUCUUCUAUGAAGCCAGUCUCUUGGAAAAACUGAGAAAAGCUUUAAUGGCCACCAUGCACAGUGGUAUCCACGUUAUAAAUCGGGCUUAUUUGGUUGAUGACCUCUUUACCUAUGGACGUAUCGGUCUUAUGUCUUAUGAUGAAAUUUUUCGCUUUAUGGAAUAUCUAGCUAGGGAAAGGGAAUAUUUGCCCUGGCAGCCGGCCUUCAAGGCUUUCGAAAUGAUAAGUGCCCGUUUCACUUUGGAGCAACAUAAAAAAUUCGGUGAAUUUUUAUUUGACAUAAUGUCGACGGUGUAUAAAGAAUUGGGUUUUGAGAAUUCCGGCGAUAAUGUUUUGGAUGUCUAUAACCGCAACAAGGUCAUCAGUUGGCUGUGCAAAUAUCAUCACGAGGAUUGUAAUCAAAAGGCCCAACAAUUGUUUAGAUCUUCAAAGCCGACUCAGAUUUCGGCGGAUUUCCAAGAGACUCUUUAUUGUGCCGCAAAUAGGGAUGGUACUUUCGAUAUAUACACCUCACUCAGAACGCAAUUCAUUGACAUGGAGUUACAAAGUCAAAAAGAGAAAAUUCUACGGGCCAUGGGCUGUACACGUCACUAUGUGGAUAAUCAUUACUAUUUUGUGCUGAGCAGCAAGGUACCGCAGGAACUUAAGAGUGCCGGCAUAAGCUAUUUGUUUAGACAAACACCGGAAAAUGUUGAGCCAGUUUUCAAAAUAAUAGACGAAACCCUGGAAGAAUUGGCCAAUGCUUUGGGAAGCUGGUCUUCAACAGCAUAUCUAAUAAGUGAUCUCUCAUACUAUUUUACAACCAACGAACAACUCAAUCAAUUCCAGAAAUUUAUUGUCACAAAGGGCAAGCUUUUUGGCACCGCUCUUAGUAUUUUGGAGGAUGCAGCCAUAGAUGUUGAGAAAAAUCUUGUUUGGUCUUCCAAACAUUUGGCAAGUCUUUUCCAAUAUUUAGAUCAGAGAAGCGGUGCUGCUGCCCUCACCAAAUCAAUACCAAUAUUGUCAGUUAUUAUUGUUGUUAUUUCUUAUUUCAGAUUUUAAGUUGAAAAAGCUCGAAAGAAACAAAUAAAAUAAAGAAAAUAUGUUUA